GGAUGUAACAAUUCGCGGGUCAAGAUGGUGGCAAAAACUGAGACUACCUUUUAGGCCUACAUGUUUUAGCCAUUUACAUUCAAUAAGAUAAGGAAACAGCGCUAAGAUGUCGUUCUUAGUGGAUUCUGUCAUCAUGUUUGUUUCCCAGGUUCUCUUCUUCGGUGGAGGCUGGGUUUUCUUCCUCAAGCGACUUUUCAAGGAUUAUGAGGUUCAUCGGACAGUUGUCGUGCUUGUGUUCUCGGUGACGUUUGCUCUCUCCUGUACCAUGUUUGAACUCAUUAUCUUUGAGAUUGUUGGUGUCCUGGAUCCCUCGUCUCGUUUUUUCCACUGGAAGCUGGGUCUCUAUGCUAUGCUCUUCACAGUUAUUGUUGUUUUGCCAUUCUACAUUGCUUACUUCAUUGUGGAGAAUAUUAGAUUUGUACCACGUGAGCGUCAUCUGCGAGUGAUAUUGACCUGUGUUGCCUGGCUGCUGUUCCUUUACGGUUUCUGGAAGAGUGGCGACUCCUUUCCUAUUCUAAGUCCAAAGCAUGGGAUUCUCUCCAUUGAGCAAUGUAUCGGCCGCGUGGGGGUUAUCGGGGUUACGCUGAUGGCACUGCUGUCUGGUUUUGGUGCUGUCAAUUAUCCAUACACUUCAAUGCAUUAUUUUGUCAGAACGGUUCAUGACUCGGACGUGCAGGUCCUUGAGAGGCGGCUUAUGCAGACCAUGGAUAUGAUUAUUAUGAAAAAGAAGAGGUUAGCCCUGGCAAAACGUGAGCUCUUGGCCAAGUCGAGUUUGAACAAGGACCGUGGAGGUCUAUGGGGCAUGAUCAAAAGCGUGGCGACUUCUGGGACUGGAGAAAAUCUGAAUACACUGAAAAAUGAGUCUGACGCACUCGAAGAGCUUAGCAGGCAGUUGUUUCUGGAGUCCGUUGACUUGCACAAUACCCAGGAAAGGAUGGAAUAUUCAAAAACAUUCAAAGGAAAAUACUUCAAUUUUCUCGGCUAUUUUUUCUCCAUCUACUGUUGCUGGAAAAUCUUCAUGGCUACCAUCAACAUCAUCUUUGACCGAGUAGGAAGAGUCGACCCAAUAACAAGAGGCAUAGAAAUUACUGUCAAAUAUCUUGGCAUUCAGUUUGAUGUGAAGUUCUGGUCGCAACACAUCUCGUUUCUCCUUGUCGGCAUCAUUGUGAUUACAUCCAUACGUGGUCUCCUCAUAACUCUCACUAAGUUUUUCUACGCCGUGGCUAGCAAUAAAUCGUCAAAUAUCAUUGUGCUGGCGCUCGCUCAAAUUAUGGGGAUGUAUUUUGUGUCGUCUGUCCUGCUGAUGAGAAUGAACAUGCCAUCUGAGUACAGGUCAAUAAUCACAGAAGUCCUUGGUGACCUUCAGUUCAAUUUCUACCAUCGGUGGUUCGAUGUGAUCUUCCUCGUGAGUGCCCUCUCAAGCAUUGGUUUCCUCUACAUUGCGCACAAACAGAAUCCAGAUCAAUCAAGCAUUGCACAAUCAUGAUGUCGACUCGUGGCCGGAGAGAUCAAAUUCGACAUUUUUGUUCUUUUACAGAAAGAAAAUUUUAUAAGCCAUGGUCUUCUCGAACAGAUGUUGUAUCGAUGUGGCAUGUUGUGACAUCACUUUUCAUACUUGUAGUCUUCAUGACCAUAGGCCCUCUGGGGCUUGCACAUGUGUUUAUGGUAUUCCACAUGUCUGAGACCACAAUUGCUCAACCAGUGGUGUCAUCUGUUAGAAACGUCCAUAUAGGCCGAUUACAUGUACACGCUUUAAAAAUAGAUGUUGACAAGUGUUAGAUUUUAACAAAUGCACUGUACAAGUGUCCGAAAAUUGAUAAGCUUUUACUGUAAUUUUAAUACGUCUGCUUGUCUGAAAUACUAUCGUCUUUUGGGAGGAAGGGGUUAAGAGCCACAUGGUCACUGUCAGAAAUUUAGUCUCUUGGUUUAUAAAGCCUCAUAUUGAAACCCAAAGUCCACGUUUGUUGAUGCUUUAGAGGUGGUCAAGAGUGACUGAGUGAUUUUAUUUUCAGCUUCGCAAUAUUGUGUGAUGGUCCCUGAAGUGAUAGGAUAUAAUCUUUCUGUCAUCAUGUUCAUUAUUCUCAGAUAAUUUGGCCUAUAUCUUUCUUAUGUUUGUGGUCGAAAUGUUAUAUUUUGUUUAUAGUCUGUAAAUAGUAGCAGAGGAAUAAAACA